UAUCGUGCGGGAGAAGCGGACACACAGCCACAGAGAGCGACCACCGUGUCUGGGGAAGAUCGGGAGGAUGUUACCCCUUGUUCCGCUGCUGCUGCUCGGUCUCCUGCGGCCCUGCACCGCCGGAGCCGCGCUCACACAGCACUGUGACUCAUCCACGGAUGGCACCAUAUUUAAAUACCAGGCAAAACCCCUGAACGGGAGCCACAAUGUGAGCCUCAGCGACUACAGAGGCAGGAGUGUCCUGUUCGUCAAUGUGGCGACAUACUGAGGUUACACCUAUCAGUAUGUGGAAAUGAAUGCACUACAGGAGGAGAUGGGACCAUAUGGACUCACCAUUCUUGGAUUUCCCUGCAACCAGUUUGGGAAACAGGAACCGGGACAAAAUCAUGAGAUCGUGCCAGGUUUAAAACAUGUCAGACCAGGCAACGGAUUCAUGCCAAACUUCCUGCUGUUCGAGAAGGGGGAUGUGAACGGAAAAGAUGAGCAGGAGGUUUACACAUUCCUUAAGAACUCCUGCCCUCCAGUUGGAGACGACUUUGGGAACCCUGCCAACAGAUUGUUCUGGGAGCCUCUGAAGAUCAGUGACAUCAAGUGGAACUUUGAGAAGUUCCUGGUUGGCCCAGAUGGGAAGCCUGCGAUGAGGUGGCACCCAGAGGUCCAGAUUUCUGUGAUCCGAGCCUUCAUCCGGAGACACCUGCUCCAACGCCGCUACACCCAGAGGCCUUUCACUUAGAUACGAUCCAUCACAGCAGAAUCCUCCAUCUGAUGUAGAAACUUGUAACCAUAUGUGCUGGCUUAGUAGAGGUAGAAUGUAAAAGGAGAGUAAUGUUAACAGAUUCUGAUACACGAAGGUGGCAUGUUGAAUGAAGAGGAGGCUUGAAAACAGGAAGUCUGUGGUGCCUCCUCGGAGUGUGGGGCUCGGGUCAGCUCUUCAGUGCAUUCAGGCUGCCCUGAGAUCCCACAGCACCAUGUCAUCUUCUCACCACAGGACCCGUUAGCCAUUACUGCCUACAUAUGAAUUACUUUAAAUAAAUCAAGAAUAACUCA